AUGUCGCACGCCGCAAACGUCUACCUGACUCGAUUCUCCUCAUCUCGAUCCAGCCCAAGUCGUAUGACUACAUCUAUGGGUCCGCCAACGUGCGGACCUACAAUGUACAAUGAAGGCGAUCCUUCAACUGAGGGUGCUUCUGCUCGCGUACAGCGUUCCCGGACCCUCUCGGAUGUCUCCGGGGCGAUCAAGCACGACCAGCGACGAAUAGAGCUGGAUCGCGAGAUGCGUUGGCGAGAGGUGCCGCUGGAACACUGGUUCAGAACCUACAUGUCGGGCGCGGACCCGACAGGUAUCAGCUUCCAACCAUUCGCUGUCGAUCUUGAAAGUAGGGAGCAGGGCAUGUAUCAUGGUCUGCGCACCGGCUUGAACGAUUGUCUGAGGGUCGUCGGUUGGGCCGGGUACGAGACACUAACGACUGAUCGCCUCCCUGACAUUUCAAUGUCAAGCUCUAGCGACAAUCUUUCAACUGCCCUUCGUCCUGACAUGGGGAUAUACCCUAUGGAACACAUCUGCGCGACUUCACAAGAACACUCUUCGCUGGACACCCGGGUCGCCUGGGCAUGGGCGGAGGUCCUCAUCGAAGUGAAGUUCGACCCCAAAGCCGCCCCAUUUUCCUCACGCCACACUCCCCGAAGUGCCUUUCUUCCCACCGGCAGAGAGCGUUGCCUGAACAGAGGGCAACUCGUUGAGUAUGCAACAGAGAUCUUCAACCGCCAACACCGUCAAUCCCUCUUCAUGAUCCACUUCACCUACGACUGCGCGCGCUUCCUUCGCUUCGACAGAUCGGGGGCGGUCGUGUCCGAGGAGUUCGAUUACAUCGCGUGUCCGCAACUCAUUGGUUCUUUCCUCUCGCGUCUGUCUCGCAUGGGUCGGGCCGAGAGGGGCUACGACCCUACAGCCACUCUUGCAUCGGAAGAGCAAGCGACGACAUUCCGGGAGCUGCAUAAUCGUUUCCAUCCGGACUCUGCCACUGCACGGGGCCUAGGCAACGCUGUGGCUGACGGAUGGCCUAUCUACUUGCUCACGAUCGACGCACCGUUCUCUUCCGAUGGUGCCGCUGUUCGUCGUGGGACCUCUCCUUCAUCGCGACACUUCCUGGUCGGGAAGCCUGCUUCUCAGAGCUCUUCUCUCGUGGGGAAGGUCGCGAAGGGCUUCGUGGCGUAUGACAUGACGAACCAGCAGGUCGUCUUCAUCAAGGAUGGCUGGCGACCGGAUUCGAGUGAGGUGCAGUCAGAGUAUGAGACGUACCUGCAGCUCAGGGAAAUGGCCUCCGGAGAACUAUACAUCCCGACGCUGCUCGGAGGAGGCGACGUGACCUUUGAUGGUCAACGUCAGCAAACCACGUCCUUCAACGAGCUGUCGAACCUCAUCCCACCCCUCGCCCAUUGCAGACUGAUCUUCAAAGAGAUCUGUCGACCUCUGGAGGACUUCACGAAUUCUUACGAGCUCGUGAAAGCCGUCACAUGGGCUCUUGUAGCUCACUCCAAAGCUUGGAGACAGUGCGGCAUCCUCCACCGGGACAUCAGCAUCGAGAGUAUUCUCAUCUACGAUUCUGACGACCUGGGCCUUCCUACUCCCAAUGGGACCAUCGAUCAACUCUCAAACUGGGACAUAGCAAUGUCCUGGAAGCAGAUAGACCCCGGCGGUGCUCCGACGUAUCGUUCGACUUCUUGGCCAUGCAUGUCUGCCCGCUUACAGGAGCACCCCGAGAAGCAGCAUGAGCUCGCAGACGACCUCGAGUCGUUCAUGCACGUCCUCAACUACUGCGCACUCAGGCACCUCCCCACCGGCAUGUCUAGCGCGGAGGUAGCGCAUCUCGUCCAGUCCUUAUACGAUACCGUAAUCCAGUCGGACGCCGGCCCACCGAAGGGCAGUCCACUCAAGCUGGAGAAGGUGCAGAACGGAACGCCGUUCGUCAAGGGCCUUCCCGGGGACCAUCCUAUGGCGCAACUACUUGCAGAGCUAUCCGAACUAUGCAAGGCGCACUACGAACAUGUCGUGCUUCCCGGCCCCGAAACGUACAGGACAUCAUGUUCUGACAUCUUUGCCGGCGGCCUGUACUGUGGUGCUCAGUCGACUCUCCCAGACUACGACGGGGUCCCCGUACACGAAGAUGCUCUAGACGGGUGCAAGGUGGACUUGCCGCACUCAUUCCCAUCGCCCAACCCUGUUUUGUCGCCGCUCCGGGACCACGACAGGAUGGUCGGAGUGUGCAUGAGGGCGAUCAGGAAGGUCUGGCCGAGGGUCGACAAGCGGCAGGAUGCUGUGCGUGUUCGCCCGUCGACGCGGGGAGGCUCGCGACUUGGCGCCAAGCGAACUUGGAGCGAGUCUGACUUCCAAUCUGCCUCCAGGGAGGUCACGGCGAGCUUCAAGCGGGCUAGAAGGGACUCACUUUCCAUCAGGCCUCGAUGCCCUCAGAGGCGACGCUCUGGCGGUCCUCAUGUAUAG